UAUCAGCCCACGCACACCACACGGUCCACACCCACGCGCCCCUGCCCCUCACCGCGCCGUUAGCCACGUGCCCGUUGCCGAUCACCGCGCCGGUCGCCGCCGCUGCUCCCUCACCCCGCCGCUCCCUCACCCCGCCGUCGCCGCCACCGCUCCCUCGGCCCGCUAUCGCCGCCGCGCCUCCCUCUCGGUCGCCGUCCCUCAGCCCGCCGUCAAUCUCUCCCUCUCCCGGCACCCUCCAUCGCCCCUCCUUGCGUCCCUGUACCUCGCCGGCAGCUACUGCUUCUCUUGCCGGACGGCGUGGCCGCUAUCUCCAUUGCCGGCCGCCGCCGCUGUCGUGCUGCUCCUCGCCGGACACCGCGCUGCUGGCACUUACCCCGCCGUCGCCGUCGCCGUCGCCGCCGCCGCCGCCGCGCUGCUCCUCGCCGGACACCGCGCUGCUGCCCCUCACCCCGUCGUCGUCGCCGCCACUCCCUCGGCCCGCUGUCGCCGCUGGGCCUCCCCUCGGUCGUCGCCCCUCAGCCUGGCCAGGAAAGAAUGGAUUCAAAGCAUUGAGCCAUAUCCAAUUUCUUUGAGUCUUAAAAGUCUUCAUGAUAUACUGGACGUAAAAAGGCCAAUGGACAAAGAUUGCUUCAAUAUGGCCAUACGGAUGCUUGCAUGCAAUGAGUUCCUAAUGUUUUUAGAUGAUACAAUCCACUACAUAGACCUUCAAUUCUGGAAAUAUUUGACAAAACAGACGAUAUCUGAUUUCCACUGUGAGCCAUGCCGUCAUGCAAAGCUUGAUGUCAAACGGUUGGCAAAACUGUUUGAAUGCUGGCCUGGCAUGGAGUACAAAAUUUCACAGUGUAGCAAUGUUCUAUUGCCGCAUUCAUUCCUCGGCCACUUCACAUUAUUUGUACUAGACAUGAAGGCCAGAACUAUCUUUAUAUUGGACCCUCUGCCAAUACCUGAUUUAUAUGCGGGUCAUCCUCCAAGCAUGCCCUAUGUUCACAAGAUAAAUAAUAUAUCCAUGAAUGUUAACCUUGCCAUGCAAGUAGCCAACCCAACUUGGAAAGAUAACAUUUAUUUCUGGAAUAGAGAAAUACCAACGGGUGUCCUAAAAAUAGAUGACUGGGAAGUGUCAGGCUUCUUUGUUCUUGACUUCAUGCGCUCGUGGGAUGGUAAAAAACUAUCAUUGAUAUGCUCGGAUGGGAUUAAAUUGAGGACUGAGUUUUUCAUCAGCAAAUUGAAGUUCAAUGAAAAUGAAGCUAAAGAGAAUAUUCCUGUAGACAUACAAGAAUUCGUUGAUCGCAUCAGGUGUUAGAUAGCUGUGAAAUGUUAUGUAAUUAUGAACCGCAACUUUGCUUAAGUACCGCAAUUCUUGGAGCAGUGGGCGUUGUACCUGAUUGUGAUUUUAACAUUUUUUAUUUUAUAUAAGCAUAUGUUUUAGUGCUUACCGUUGAACAUAUCGGUUUUAAAUAAUCCUUUUGCAAUAAUUUAAUAGGGGAAUAUAUAAAUAAAUUUAUGA